UAUCUCAUUAAAUACUUCGUAUUGUUGUGUUUGUUUGAUAAGCAAUAUUUAAUAUUGCCUUAAAAUUUAAUAUUAGUUUCAAAAUAAAAUUUCUGGGAACUGUGUAUUGCUGUGUGCCUUUUUCUAUUAUUUCAAAUAUGUUCUACUAUGCCCAAUGACAUGUUUCAAUAUGUCCCAAUGAAACAGUGUGUUUCCAAUGUGUGUAUAAUUAGCAUACUAAUAUUUAUAAUACACCUGCUGCCAAAAAAUAGAGCUAAGAAAAUUCAGAGCAUGUAUUCUUAUUACUCAGUUCAGACUGAAGAGUCUUGUAUAUCUAACAGGCUUUUUAGUUCCAAAAAUAUCACUUUCUUGCUCUUUGUCCUCCUCACUGUUCAGGCUGAUCUGUUUCCAUUCUAAAGAUAAGUGACCAGUAUUUUGACUAUUUUUUCUAUGUAUGGAAGCUACACUCAGGUACAAAGCAAGAACACUCUAAGAAACCCUAACAUCUAAACCAGAAUUUUCUGUGUCCCAUUUGCUGACAACACUACAAUGUCAUGUUUAUUUCCCUCAUUGUAUCUUCAGUUGAGAAGACAAACACUGCAGAGCUUUUUGCGGAUAUUGGGAAUUACCUAAAUAAUGUAUUUCUCAAUGCCCUAGUGAAUGGAGUGUCCUUUUGGCCCUCUUAAGUCAUAUAAUGGGGAGAAGGUGAAGUUCGCAUAUGAUAAAUUCACCUUAAUACUCCUAUCUUCCUACACCUUUAGAUUCUUUCCUGUACAUUCCACCAGUUAUGCCAUUUAAGCCUCAUUUAAUGUUAAUAAUAAUUUGUUUAAAGCUUUAGUCAACCAAGCAAGCAAAUUGGCCACACAAGCUAACACAUCAAACCUAGAAUCUGUAAUAGCAAUAACUAUGUCAAUAUACUAACAAGGAUGGAUAGUCAUCCAGCAAAUUAAAUUCUAGCCAUAUUUUCCAAGUAAUUGAUACCUUCUUGAAGUUCCUGGUCAACAGCUCAGAUUGAUAAAUCCAAAAUAUACAGAGCUUAAAAUAAGAAAGAUUGUGCAAAUUUAAGAAAUCAGAUCCAUUCCCAUUUGCAUCCUAGAGGCUUUCAGUCAUCACUGCACCAAAGGAAAUUACUGGCCCCAAUCAUUGAAGUCUUUAGGCAGCUCUAGCCCAGAGCAGGACUGGCUAUCUUCUCCAUCUGCAUCACAGCUAACAAAAAGGAGAGAUAAAGACAACUAUAUCAUGGUCUAAGAGGCAGACAGAUACAUUGUUCUUCACUGGUCAGCUGAAAGUCAAUUCAUCAUCAGUGAUAUUCAAAAAUCACAAGUCUCUGCUGGCAUGCCAAGUGCAAUAGAGGCAAUAUAUAUUAUUUUAAUUGCUGGUGAAUUGACCAUAGGGAUUUGGGGAAAUGGAUUCAUUGUACUAGUUAACUGCAUUGACUGGCUCAAAAGAAGAGAUAUUUCCUUGAUUGACAUCAUCCUGAUCAGCUUGGCCAUCUCCAGAAUCUGUCUGCUGUGUGUAAUAUCAUUAGAUGGCUUCUUUAUGCUGCUCUUUCCAGGUACAUAUGGCAAUAGCGUGCUAGUAAGCAUUGUGAAUGUUGUCUGGACAUUUGCCAAUAAUUCAAGUCUCUGGUUUACUUCUUGCCUCAGUAUCUUCUAUUUACUCAAGAUAGCCAAUAUAUCGCACCCAUUUUUCUUCUGGCUGAAGCUAAAGAUCAACAAGGUCAUGCUUGCGAUUCUUCUGGGGUCCUUUCUUAUCUCCUUAAUUAUUAGUGUUCCAAAGAAUGAUGAUAUGUGGUAUCACCUUUUCAAAGUCAGUCAUGAAGAAAACAUUACUUGGGAAUUCAAAGUGAGUAAAAUUCCAGGUACUUUCAAACAGUUAACCCUGAACCUGGGGGGGAGGGUUCCCUUUAUCCUUUGCCUGAUCUCAUUUUUCUUGUUACUUUUCUCCCUAGUUAGACACACCAAGCAGAUUCAACUGCAUGCUACAGGGUUCAGAGACCCCAGUACAGAGGCCCACAUGAGGGCCAUAAAGGCAGUGAUCAUCUUUCUGCUCCUCCUCAUCGUGUACUACCCAGUCUUUCUUGUUAUGACCUCUAGCGCUCUGAUUCCUCAGGGAAAAUUAGUGUUGAUGAUUGGUGACAUAGUAACUGUCAUUUUCCCAUCAAGCCAUUCAUUCAUUCUAAUCAUGGGAAACAGCAAGUUGAGGGAAGCUUUUCUGAAGAUGUUAAGAUUUGUGAAGGGUUUCCUUAGAAGAAGAAAGCCUUUUGUUCCAUAGAGACCC